CAAAGUAAUGUGUAACGCAACGCCUCAGCAUGUUAACGCGUUGAAAUACUUUACAGCCCUGUUUUCUCGAGAGAAAGCUCCAAAUAAGCGUCGCAAGCCCGAGAAUCUCAACUCGCGCUUCGAUCGCAUGAUUCACACUGUCAACGUUAUCCACGCCCCUAACUCAGAACGCGAACCUAAGCGUCGAAGAAGGGGAUCUUCUACAAGUGGCUCGUCAUCGCUCACUGGUUGGGAAACCCCGAAGACCCCAAUGAAUGCAUAUAGCGAGCUCGAGUGCGGGCGGCUUGGCCCUGAGUUUUCUGUCGCCAAAAUGAAGGGCAAACCAAAGUAUGACACUCUCGAGGAUCCAGAACUUCAUUUCUUCAGGUCAAACCACGCAGAAGAUGUGGAAGACGUACCAAUGUGGCUCUCAAACACAGUCGCUACUUUGCAGUCUAAUCACCCCCUGCGCGACCUCAUACCUGCUUCAUCGGAAGCGCAUAUACCUCGUCAAACUGCUUCUACGCAACACGAAGACGAUGGCUCACUACCUGGACAUUCUGUGCAUUCGCCUUCAGGUCAUGUUGCCGCAGACGACGAUAUUUUCGUCUUUCGUCCACCUACUGCGCAGCCCCAGCUACCUGCCCCCGAGGAACAAGUUUCGUUCCCCGUUUCGUUCCUCGUUCCUAAUGUUUCCAAAUCCCCUGAAUUGGAUGCUGAAGAUGCAUAUCUUCCCGGAUUUGGGGACGCUGGAUGGUCUGGACGCUUUUGCUCGCCUGCUCACUCUCUUGCUCGCCCAUCCGCUCGCUCACCUGCUUCGCUUCCCAUGGAUCAUAAUCUCCAUGUCUCUAGAGAAGGGACCACAAGCUAUGACCUCAUUUCUGCACCACCAGUGCACCCUCAGUCUGCUGCUUUCUACCGGCCCUUGAUUGAGGAGGUCGGCGGGCCCGCCGCAUACCCGCUGCCCUUCUCCGAACCCGGCCCUCUCGCUCGACCUCGCGGUCUCUCUGCUACUUCUCUUUCAUCUCCAAUCAGAGAGCCUUUAUCGCCUGUCUUAGAUCUGGCACUGCCGACCCACGAAAAUAUACCCUUGCCCUUUUCGAUCCCUGGUCCGCUUGCCCCUACACCGGCCCCGCAGAAUAUAUUUGCUCCGAAGAGUGUCCUUGCGGCUUCUCACACGCGUUCAUCCUCGCCAUCCGCCUCCGGCAUUGUACAACACCAACGCUCAAACAUCUCCGCUGCUGUAUAUUCACGGCCUGGCGCACUGUCGGACUUGAGCCUUCCUCCAUCUGACCCCGAACCUUUGUCUUCUCCGCCAUCUAGAACUCAGAAUCUGCUGCAGACUCGCCACAGUGCAGCCCAGAACAGCAGCGUUCCUCGGCAUCCUUUCUCAACUCCUGGACCUGCUGCUCGAAUAUACUUCGACUCUCCAGCUGAAGACCCUAUCGGCUCUGACCCCCUGGGUCCUGAAGACUAUGAGCUCCGUCUGGACUACGAGGAACUAGACUUUCGCUGGAAAAGGUUUGAUCGCGGUACUCCGUUGACUACUCUCGCCGACCACGGAGACCACGAAGACCAAUAUCAUGUCGAGCAAAUCAACGCGUCAGGCUCGGACUAUCCCCUGCUCAGCAACUUUGAAAGAAAGGCAGCUUCGAUAGCGACGACGGAUGAAGACUCCUUGGCGGAAGACUGCAUACAGGAUGGUAACGUUGACAACGCAGUCGAUCUGGUACCUGGCUCGCCUGCCGUUCAUGAAGUACCUGAGCGCCCAAAGGCCGCAGAAGACCGCUCACAUGCCUAUGCUUCUGCCCCAACAGCCAGAUCUGAAUGUGUUCUGAAAGACCCGCGUAUUGAACGUCCGGCUUUUGCGCCGGCUCCGGGUAUCUAUAUCUCCCCCUUACGUACUUCAAGUAAGGGAGCCGAGAGCGCAGACGAAUAUUCUCGUGCAAACGUGCGCGCAUCAUCCACUACUGAAGAUGCCUUAGACGAGGAGCACGAGAUUCUUGAGUUUUCUUUGCCGAGGACUCCAACAAGAGCGGCCACUGGCGGGGCAGUUCAAACGACUCCGCGCAAGAAUAGAGCGCAACGUUCCAUCUCUAUUCCGCCAAUAGCCGUACUACCUCGCACACCGAGCAGAGAAAGCGUAAAAGAUCCCGAACCGCCGUCGCUAUCCCAGGUGUCGAAUGAUACUAUCGAGUCCUGGAGUGCACCUUGAAAUUAAGUCGCGUACCCCGUGUGUUGUUCGGAGUGAGACCAUACCUGUUAGCAGCUCCAGAGGCAAGAACGUGUGAAUGUACAUUGACUCGAGAUUUUCAGACAGAUAUGAGCCUGAACUUGUGAUGCAGACAAGAAUCACGCGAGGUAUACACGCCGUCGAACCUAAGUAAAGAGGGAGCGCUUCGGAGCUAGCGUGCGGCGCCAUGUUCGCGUGCUCCUGCCGGUGUCGUCACGCACAUCAAGCCUUAAGGCCUCUCCUUCUCCUUCUGCUCUCUGAGACAACAGGGACGGUGGAGUGCCCGAAAGUUCCUCGCUUCAUGUAAAUGGAGAAACCAGCCUUGGACCAGCCGCGCAAGCCGUGUGUUGAAUUCGGGCCGCCUAAAACUCUCAGAGACUGUGUUCGGUGCGUCAUCUCAACAUGGGAU